AUGUUACUGACAGUGGACAAGGUAAAAGCCCUCAUAGAAGCACCCGCAGCAACAUCAAUUGCGCAGGUCCACUCUUUCCUUGGGAUGGCUAACUCCAGCGCCCACUUUACACAGCUCUACUCGGAAACCACUGCACCACUGCAGAGAUUUGAAUUGAUGAAUGAACGUCAGACAGCCUUCGAGACCUUGAAGAAAGCAAUGGCUAGCCCUGCAGUCAUGUCUUAUUACGACCCCACAAGACCAGCCCGACUCAUCGCGGAUUCAUUCAAAUAUGAUCUGGCUAGUAUCCUAACUCGAUUAGACACAGAGACAGGGGAUCACAAGGUAGUUGAUACCAGAUAG